GAAAAAUUAGUCCGUUGGAGUUCACCCCUCUGUAAACCUCCUCCUUUCCUCGCUCAUUGAGAGGGUAGAGAGAAGAUGCCUCUGGGAGAGCGAUAUGGCUGAGACAAGAGCGAAUCUCGGUGCUGCGGCGCCCCAGAUGGAGGUCGACGACGACAUGCCGAACCUUCUCUCCUUCAACAUCCACGGCGGCUUCGAAUUUGUCCUCGCUACUGUGGCUCUAAUUCUUCAAGAACUUCUGGGGAAAAUGAAGAUGAUGACACUUUCAUUCUAUGCUCGGGUGACUAAUUUCCUUAUUUUAGCUUACAUGAUGACAUUUAAUAUGAUACGACUGAAGAUGAUCUCGAUACAAGAAAAUAUAUGUCGAGGAACAACGCUGAUGAAGAUGAUCUCAGCACAAGAAAAGACCUUUUCUGUUGAAGAUGAUCGUGACAAGAGUCCAAGGACAUUUGUAGCUCUCUGUUGUAGAGGCUAGUCUUGCCUAUUGUAAAUUAGAAUACUAAUGUAAAGACUAUUUUUUUAGUCAAGGAAAUAAAAGUUUUGAUUAAAAGAUUUUGAUCAAAAGAUUUUGAUAUUUGUUACUUCAAAACUUGUUUAUGGGGAACAUAGUAUUGAA